CCCUUUUUCUUCGCCGACUUCUUUGCUAGUUAAUUAAGACGCGAUGGCCAGAUAUACGUGGCCAUUUUGGCUCUUACUUCUCGCUCCACUUGUAAUGGCACAAACACAAGCUAUCACUCCACUUGACAUCGUCACUCUUCCUCGUCCUUCAGGUCUAUCGGCCUCACCAAACGGUAGCCUGGCUGUCUACACGCAAUCGGUCUAUGACUCUAAGCAGGACAAAACCUUGCGCCAGCUCCUUUUGUUGGAUCUUGAAACAGAUAUCGUGAAGUCCCUGACAGACGCCUCAUCCGAUAGCACCCAAAGCGAACCUUUCUUUUUGGACAAUGAAAACAUUGCCUACAUUCAACACACUGCGGGUGUGGAUGUGGACCAGCUCCAUGUAUUGAACCUGGAGAGCGGUGACUCGUAUGCUCUGACCGAAUUCCCUAUCGCUUUCGGAAAUAUCAAAUACAACCACAAAAAAAGCCUGCUUGUGUUCUCAGCGUCCGUCUACCCCGGUGGCUCGCUCGAGGAUGCCAAGCAAAAGGACAAGGUGCUGAAGGAGACCAAGAAAGAUACCGGACUAGUCUAUGACCAGCUUAUGGUUAGACACUGGGAUACAUUUGUUCCAGAAAAGGUGAACAAUAUCUUUGUCGUUCAACUUGAAAACGAUGGAAAGUAUACCGUUGGAAACAACACCAUCAACCUCCUUAAAGGCACCGCAUUGCAAUCCCCUGGAUUCCCUAUGGGCGAUGCUUCUGAUUUUGACAUCUCAGCUGACGGUGAAACACUUGCAUUUGUAUCCAAGAUCCGUAGUCCAGAUAACGCCUGGGAGACAUCUCAACAUGUACAUAUAGUUCCUACCUCUGGAGAGUCUGAGCCCGUGAUCAUCAACGGAGACAUUCCAGCCGCAUCAGCCGGCCCCAAGUUUGCUCCAUCUGGAGUUCUUGCCUAUCUGCAGAUGUAUGCUCCCCAGUAUGAGUCUGACCGUAACCGCAUCAUCAUAUGGGACCCUGCGACUGGCACAAAGACGACCGUUGCUGAGUCAUGGGACCGCAGCCCAUCCGAGCUGGCCUUUUCUCCAGAUUCAAACACCCUAUUUGCCGUAGCUGAUGAGUACGGUCGCCACAAACUGUUUUCGAUUGACUUGACUACAGAGGAGAUCACUGCGCUGACCAACGAACAUGCCCUGUCUGGCCUGUCUGUCUUGUCUUCGAGCCGCCUCUUGUUCAGCCUCAAUUCGCUCGAGCACCCCAAUAUUGCCCACACCCUUGAUCUCGAUUCCAAAGUGCUUACUAAACACAGUGUGUCCGAUGCCCUGUCGAGCCACCUGAACCGUUUAGAUGUAAGCAAGCCCGACGAGUUUGUGUUCCAGGGAGCUUUGCAUGAUCCUGUUCAUGGCUGGAUCUUAAAGCCUGCCGAUUUCGAUGCGUCCAAAAAGUACCCCGUCGCAUUUCUGAUCCACGGCGGUCCCCAGGGUGCCUGGUCUGACAGCUGGUCGACUCGCUGGAACCCUCAGGUCUUUACUGGUGCCGGGUAUGUGGUUGUGGCCAUCAACCCCCACGGAUCUACAGGCUAUGGCCAGAAGUUUACUGACGAUAUCCAGCGAAACUGGGGCUCAUAUCCGUUUAUCGAUCUCCAGAAAGGCCUUGACUAUGUGUUGGAUACAAAUGAGUUCCUUGACGCAGACCGCGUGGUUGCUCUGGGAGGUUCCUAUGGAGGCUACAUGAUUAACUGGAUUAACGGUCACACCAACCGCUUCAAGGCUCUAGUUAACCAUGACGGCAUCUUUUCAACCUUGAAUGCUUAUUACACCACAGAUGAAGUCUAUUUCUCUGAAAGAGAGUUUGGUGGUGUUCCUUUCCACACCCUCAACCGCCUUGUUUACGAGCGUUGGUCUCCAUCCAACUAUGUCCAGCAUUGGCAAACACCCACACUUGUGAUUCACAGUGGUCGUGAUUAUCGUCUGGUUGAUGGUGAGGGUUUCGCAACAUUCACCGCUCUUCAGCGCCAGGGUGUUCCCUCGCGUCUGUUGUACUUCCCUGAUGAAAACCACUGGGUUCUCAAGCCCGCAAACUCAUUGAGAUGGCACAAAGAGGUUCUCGAAUGGAUCGACAAGUAUGCAAAGGUUGAUGAGGUAGCUGUGCGGCCUGAAUUCGACCCUCAAAGUAGCUUUACUGUUCAAACCGAACAGUUUUUGUCAUCUACAUUUUAAGUAAUUAAAAAAAUAUAUCAAUAAAAAGACACAAUUGAUACAUCCC